AGGCCGAGCUCAGAAGUUGAGGUUACUGUUUGCGGCUCCAAACUCCAGGCUUGCAGGUUCAUCAUGUCCGGGCGCGGGAAGCAGGGCGGGAAGGCGCGCGCCAAGGCCAAGUCGCGCUCGUCGCGGGCCGGGCUGCAGUUCCCCGUGGGCCGCGUGCACCGGCUGCUGCGCAAGGGCAACUACGCGGAGCGCGUGGGCGCCGGCGCCCCGGUGUACCUGGCGGCCGUGCUGGAGUACCUGACGGCCGAGAUCCUGGAGCUGGCGGGCAACGCGGCCCGCGACAACAAGAAGACGCGCAUCAUCCCCCGCCACCUGCAGCUCGCCAUCCGCAACGACGAGGAGCUCAACAAGCUGCUGGGCAAGGUGACGAUCGCGCAGGGCGGCGUGCUGCCCAACAUCCAGGCCGUGCUGCUGCCCAAGAAGACCGACAGCCACAAGGCUAAAGCCAAGUGAGCGCCGAAGAACAGAAGCCGUGAAGUUUUAUUUCCAGAAACCCAAAGGCUCUUUUAAGAGCCACCUACAGUUCCAGAAAAAGAGCUGGAAUUACAUUGGUGUGAUAAGCCCAAAGGGGUUUUUGGAAUGCUUAUACUUGUCUCGGGUGUUUUUACAGUCACUGCACACAGAUCACCAACCCCACGAUUACUUCGGUCUAGGGUCGGGCUGACAGCGAUUCUAGGAAGCAGCUCAGCUCUUUCCCAACGAAUCCCGGCGCCUUGUGGGCAAUUUGAAACCCACCAAGGCGCUGGUACCUUCCCAUUCCGAAUCCAAGCGCCCCUCGCGCUGUUCCCCGGCUCAAACAGGGCAUUCACCAACAGACUGCAGAUCCCCCACGCACCUCCCCCUCAACUGUCCCCGAACGGCGGCAGCCACAGCAAUUGAGCCCGUUUAAGAAAAUGUGGGUGGCUCCUACAAGAGCCGUUGGUAUAAACGGGAAGCAAGAUUAUUUCCGUGUUGAUUGGCUCCGCCCCCUGCUCCGCUCCGGUCUGUGCUUCUGCGGGUGAAAUAGAAUGGGGUUUCUUUCCUAUUUAAUCUAUCACGAAAUCGGGGUUUUUUUCCUACAUCUGGGAGGCCGCGGGAGCCGCAGUUUUUCGCCUUGUCGCGAAAAGAGUUGGAUUUGAGUAGCUAGGGGACAAGAAAUGCCGAGUCCUGCCGCCAAACAGACCUCGAGAACGCGAAAGUUUAGUUUUUCUCCGCAAAUUAGAAUUUCUCCUUUAAAGUUAACGUGAGUCAGAAAACUCAGUAUUAAUCUUGAGAGGGUCCUUUUUACAUUAGAUAAAGCAAAUAGUUAGAAUCUCACUAUUUAAAAU